AUGACUGCCGACGUCUUUUCCGUCGAAGUCUUCUUCAUCUGUUUCCGAGAAUGUCUCGAGGCUGCCAUUGUCAUUUCGGUGCUCCUGUCCUUUGUCAAGCAGGGUCUUGGCGGCGGAGAGGACAAGACUCUCUACAAAAAGCUGCUUAAGCAGAUCUGGAUCGGUGCCGCUGGAGGCAUUGUCAUCUGUCUGUGUAUCGGUGGAGGUUUCAUCGGCGCCUACUACUCGUUUGAAGAUGAUAUCUGGUCCAAGUCCGAGGAUCUGUGGGAGGGUAUCUUCUCCGUCAUUGCUACCAUUCUGAUCACCGUUAUGGGCCUGGCCAUGCUGCGAAUCAACAAGAUGAAGGAAAAGUGGCGAAUGAAGAUCGCCAAGGCGCUGCUGGAAGACCACCAGCAAGUCAAGGGGUUCAAAAAGUUCCUCAACUUCCGCUUCUACUCCAAAAAGUACGCCAUGGCCAUUCUGCCUUUCAUCACCACCCUUCGAGAGGGAGUCGAAGCCAUUGUGUUCAUUGGUGGAGUCGCUGUCGGUAGACCUGCCACCGCCUUCCCUCUCGCUGUCUUUUGCGGUCUUCUGGCCGGAUGUGCCUGUGGAUAUCUCAUUUACCGAGGAGGUAACAUGAUGUCUAUUCAGAUCUUCCUCAUCGCCUCCACUUGCUUCCUCUAUCUCAUUGCCGCCGGUCUUAUCUCUCGAGCCGUGUGGUACUUCCAGAUGUACCGAUUUUCGCUCAAGACUGGCGGGGACGUGGCCGAGCAGGGCUCCGGACCGGGCUCGUACAAUGUCCACGAGGUGGUGUGGCACGUCAACUGCUGCAACCCCGAGACGGACAACGGCUGGGAGAUUUUUAACGCUCUGUUUGGCUGGCAAAACUCCCCCACCUACGGCUCCGUCAUCAUCUACAACCUCUACUGGCUGUGCAUCAUUGGCGCCAUCUUCGCCAUGCUGUUCCAGGAGAAGCACGGCUACUACCCCGGCUUCAAGUGGGCCAAGCGGUUCCAGAAGAAGGAGUACUCCAAGGAGGAGAUUGAUGAGAUGUUCCACCGGGCCGCCGCCACCCAGAUCAACGAGGCUGCCCAGUACCACGCCGGCUCGUCGUCAGAGGACCUCGACAAGGGCGUCAACGAUGUGGAGAGCAAGGGCGUCGACGAUAUUUCUCCUGGCUCCUCCAACCCCGAGGUGUCUCGAGUUCAGAUCGAGAUGACCGACAAGUCGCAGGAGAAAUAA